AUGCCGGUUAAACAGAGAAAAAUAUGUGUUAUGGGCUUUAGAGCUGUUGGCAAAUCAACUAUAACUAUACAAUAUGUAGAUAAUCAUUGUCCUGAAACUUAUAAUCCAACAAUCGAAAAUACUUUUCAAAAGGUCAUUAAACAUAAUGGCAACGAAUAUUCCACAGAAAUUAUAGAUACUGCGGGUCAAGAUGAAUAUUCAAUUCUACAGAAACAAUAUACAAUUGGAAUUCAUGGAUAUAUUUUAGUGUACAGUGUAACUUCAGCAUCAUCGCUAGAGGUAGUAAAGGUUCUAAACGAUAAGAUUUUAAAUGCCUUGGGUACAGAAAAGAUUCCCAGAGUUUUGGUUGGAAAUAAGAGAGAUUUAGAAAAUGAAAGAGUCAUAAGCAAAGAAGGUGGUCAAAGUUUAGCCAAUGAAUGGGAAUGUGCUUUUGUAGAGUGUUCAGGGAAGAAUAAUAGCAAUGUUGAUGAAGUAUUUAAACAGAUUUUAGCAGAAAUUGAUAAAAGUCAACUCCCAGAACAACCUCAAAAAGAGGGAUUUUUGUCUUCAUGA